AUGGCAAAUAUCUCCUUCAGUCACUGCAACUCCGACACCAACGCCAACGCCUACGCCUACGCCGACGACCAAACCCUAACCGUAGACCCUUGUUUCCCUCUCUUAUCCUCUCUCAACGACGACCCCUUCCUUCAUCAACCCGAACCCACCCGUCUCAGCAUCCACUCUCUGGGCCGCCAAGAAGACGACGUCGUUUCAGAUCCUGAAUCCGUUAUCCUUAACGGCCCCGAUCUCUUAGACCGUGAGAACCAGGUUAGUUUCGUUAUGGAUUUGUUUCAACAACGUGUAGAGGAGUCUCAACUGCUUUGUCAUGAGGUUGAUGAUGAUGAUGUUGUUUGUUCCCAUUUGAUCUCCGAUUCGCUUAACGAUUCGGGUUUUGGUGUUAUUGAUGAGAAUUCUGAAUAUAAUUUAGAGCUUGAUUUGGGAUUAGGGUUUGGUUUAGAUAGUCAAGAUAAUUCUGGGUUUCAAAAUAUAGACGCUAAUUAUAACGAUAACGAGAACGAUGUUGUUUAUAACGAUAGUAAUAUUAUUGUUGAUGAUGAUGAUUUCUUUAUUGAGAGAAGGGUUUCUGGAGUUGAAUCAUGUGAGGCUGAGUCUACUGGGAGUAUACAUGCCAAUGCAAUCCGAGUUGUUGGGUUCGGGUCCGAUUCAGAUUCCGAGGAUAAUCAGAAUUCUUUAGCUAUUGAUUUAAAUUCUGGGGAUGAGUAUGGUUUGGAUGUGAAUAUAGGGAACGGGAGUUUUGGUGAUUGUGCUGACUAUGACGAUGACGAUGUGAGUGUUACAAUUCCGCUUUGUUGGGACUCACUUCAGUUGGAGGAUCAUAGGGAAAACAAUGAGGAUUUUGAGUGGGAGGAAGUGGAUGGUCGUGCUGAUGAGAGGGAGGUUCUAAGUAUGUUUAUUGAUGAUGAGGAGGCAUCCGUUUCGCUUUCCAUUUCACCUCUUAUUGCUCCUGAGGAUAUGGUCAAUGUGGAGAGAGUUGGAGGAUUGGAUAAUUUGGAGUGGCAGGUUUUAUUGAAUGCCAACAACUUGGACCACGAUCAUAAUUCUGAACCUUAUUUAGGUGGUCAUGAUGAUUAUAUUUACACAGCAGAGUAUGAGACAUUGUUUGGGCAAUUUGCAGAGAAUGAGAAUGCAAUGAUGGGUCGGCCUCCGGCAGCAAAGUCUGUUGUUGAGAAACUUCCAUCUGUGGUUUUGGCAAAAGAGGAUGUGCAUAGUAAUAAUGCUCUUUGUGCGGUUUGCAAGGAUGAUAUAAAUGUCAGGGAGAGAGCGAAGCAGUUGCCUUGCAUGCACCGUUAUCAUGGUGAAUGCAUUGUGCCAUGGCUGGGGAUUAGGAAUACUUGUCCUGUUUGUCGGUAUGAGUUGCCAACAGAUGAUGCAGAUUAUGAGCGGAGGAAAGUGGCAGAAAGAGCUGCUUCUGCUGGCCAUCGUCUUUGA